AUGGGAUUUCCACCGGCAGAAAUUGAAGAAUUGGUUGGUAAAAUAGCUGAGCUUUUAAGAUCGAGAAAUCAGACGUUAGCUAUAUCAGAAGCUGCUUGCGGGGGAUUAUUGUCUGCGUACAUAAUAUCAGUUCCCGGUGCAUCCAAUUUCUAUAUUGGAGGUAAGUUGGUGUAUGCGUUGAAACAGAGAUUGAAGCUCUCCGGAUGGUCAGAAGAAGAAAUCAGUCAUUAUAUGGGACCAUCGGAGCAGGUAGCAUUAAAAUUGGCUCGGACCACUAAAUACGAGCUUGGGUCGACGUUCGUGUUAUCGGAAACUGGGUUUGCGGGACCUACAACCAACUUGCAUAUGCUGAAUUUGGCCAGCGAUGUGGAUAAGGUUGGGACUGUGUAUUUAGGACUCAGUGGGCCUGGUGGAGAGGUGUCGUGUGAAAGACAUACCGAUAGUGGGAAUAGAUCGGAGAACAUGGCAGCAUUUGCCAAAAUGGGGUUGGAGUUCUUAUAUGAACAAUUGGAAAAGCAGUAA